AUGGCGUUCCCUGCGGAGAUACAGGGGUUGGCCCAGCGAUCGUGGCCAGUCCUGCUCCUUGCAUUUCUCAUCGCUAGGCUUUUGAUCAACAAAUAUGGAGGUGAUCUAAAUUCAGUUCCAGGUCCUUUCUUCGCCGGCUUCACGAACCUUUGGCGUGUGCUCAACACGCUCCUCUCCAAUCCAACCGAGACGCAGAUUCAGUUGCACCGAAAGUUCAACUCACAUUUUGUGAGGAUUGGCCCUCGCGUUGUAUCCAUAUCUGACCCAAACCUCUUGCCUACCAUCUAUGGAAUCAAGUCGGACUUCAAGAAGACCAAGUUCUAUUCAGUCGCCGAACUGUGGUACGACGGCAGAUGCACACCGAGUCUAUUUGAGAGCUGCGAUGAAGCCUAUCAUGAUCAGAUCAGGAAGCCCAUCGUGAAUGCAUACAGUAUGACAACAACACUUGACUUUGAGCCUGCGGUAAAUUCAACUACGACGUUGUUCAUUUCAAAAUUGGACCACCUUAUUGCUUCCAAAAAGCCCCUAAACUUGGAAGUGUGGCUUCACCGCUACGCAUUUGACGUCCUAGGCGAAGUCUUGUUCAGCAAGAAAAUUGGCUUCCUCGAAUCCGAAACUGACGUGGAGUCCAUCAUGGCUGGCAUUCGAGGCUUUACCAAGUACUUUCAGUGUGCCGCACAGAUCCCGAUCGUGGACCGAUUUCUGUUGAAGAAUCCUCUCAUGCUGAGAUACGGACCCACAAACCCUAUAGUAGCAUUCACAUUAAAUCGAAUGAAAGACAGGGCCGCCUGUAGAGCAAAUGGGAGUCAGACAGAACGCGACUUUCUCGAGAGAUGUUUCGAAGCACAAGCCAAAUACCCGGAGAUUGUGACGGACAGAAUGAUCAUGCUUUACAACUUUGACAACAUUGCUGCCGGAGCUGACACUACCGCGCUCCUGCUGACUUCGAUUUUCUAUUACCUUCUUAAGAACCCGUCGACGUUGCAAAAGGCUGUUGAGGAGAUCGAUUCUGCGGAUAAAGAGGGCUGCCUCAGCGAAUAUGUCACUUGGCACGAGGCGAGCAAGCUGUCUUAUCUACAAGCCUGCGUAAAGGAAGCAAUACGUAUGCAUCCCCCGAUCGGUCUCGUCCUCGAACGAUACGUCCCAAAGGGCGGCGCUAUACUAGACGGCCACUUCUUUCCGGAAGGAACAAUCGUGGGAGUGAACCCAUGGGUCACAGCACGGAAUAAAGAAGUCUAUGGCAAAGACUGCGACAGUUUCAGGCCGGAGCGAUGGCUCGAGGCAUCGGAGGAACGGCUUGCGGCUAUGGAGAGAGCCAACUUUGCAUUUGGUUAUGGAACGCGUGGGUGCUUGGGCAAGAAUAUUGCCUUGUUGGAGACUUUCAAGCUGGUCCCACAGCUGCUUCGUCGAUACGAGUUCACAUUGGCGCGCCCCGACUUAGAAUGGAGAGUGCGCGGAGGCUGGAUGGUCCGGCAAGACGGCGUUGAAGUUGUUCUUAGCAGACGGAAAUAAGGACUAGUCUAUGUAGGUUACCACCCUUAUGAACUUGGAGUCUGCAGACAGCUGUGUAACCCCGGUCAAAGAGACUUUGGAA